GAGACCAGUAAAUAUGUGAAUCUGAAGACUUGAAGUGCUACGCAGUCAACGCGAGACCCUUAAGGAGCCGCGCUGUGCCCCCCACUCCCUCUCAACAAAUCCCUGUCACCACUUUUCCGCGCGCUACGCCUGAAAAAACUCUCCAACGCGUUCAGCGGUUUCCACGAAAAGAUGUUCGGAUGAUUUUCGAGCUCGAUCCGACCACGUUUUAGUAUCGUUUUAAAGGGGGAGAAUAUCGAGAGACCCGCGACGCGCAAGUCUGGCGAUCCGGAUGAACGAACCGCUGAAAAAGUAAAAAAAAAAACAACAACUCUCAACUGAAUUUUCUCGCGGAAAACUUCUCUGGAGCCGAGGAGACAGCAGAAGCUAUGGCUUACUCUCUCUCGCUCGGUCUGCUCUACCUGGGCUUGCUGUGUGGAAACGACAUGGUGUCUGCAAGAUCCAACCUCUUCACUCCAGAUCCAACAAGAGGACCUCAUUUUACGGGCUGCCUCUCCAAAGAGAUGGAGACCUUCCGUUGCUGGUGGAGCUCUGGCAUCUUCCAGAACCUCACAGAGCCUGGAGAUCUCAGGGUCUUCUACCAGACAGAAAAUGCCCUCCCUGCGUGGAAGGAGUGUCCAGACUACACGCGUUCUGUGAAAAACGAGUGCUACUUCAACAAGACCUUCACACAAAUCUGGACCUCCUACUGCGUCCAGCUGCGCUCAGUUCGUGAGAGCAUAACCUAUGACGAGGCCUGCUUUACAGUGGAGAACAUAGUGCAUCCUGACCCACCAAUUGGACUGAACUGGACUUUACUGAAUGCGAGUCGCUCAGGGUUGCACUUUGAUGUCCUUGUGCACUGGGCUCCCCCUCCGUCAGCAGAUGUGCAGAUGGGCUGGAUGAGCCUGGUGUACCAGGUUCAGUACCGGGUCAGAAACGCCUCCCACUGGGAAGUGCUGGAACUGGAGAGUGGCACACAGCAGUCCAUCUACGGUUUGCUUACUGACAGUGAGUAUGAAGUCCGGGUGCGCUGCAAGAUGCCAGCCUUUGACAACUUUGGAGAAUUCAGUGACAGCAUCAUUGUGCAUGUGGCACAGAUACCAAGCAAAGAAUCAACAUUCCCAAUGAUGUUGGUGUUGAUUUUUGGAGUGUUUGGAGUGGCGAUUCUUCUUGUCCUCCUCAUCUUCUCUCAGCAGCAGAGGUUGAUGGUAAUAUUUUUACCACCUAUUCCUGCACCUAAAAUUAAAGGCAUCGACCCAGAGCUGCUUAAGAAUGGAAAGCUUGACCAGCUCAAUUCUUUGCUGAGCAGUCAGGAUAUGUACAAGCCGGACUUCUACCACGAGGAUCCAUGGGUGGAGUUCAUCCAGCUGGACCUUGAUGACCCUGCAGAGAAGAAUGAGAGCUCUGACACACAACAUCUGCUGGGCUUGUCCCACUCGGGCUCUUCUCACAUCCUUAAUUUCAAAAGUGACGACGAUUCGGGUCGUGCUAGCUGCUAUGACCCAGAAAUGCCAAAUCCCGAGGACUUGGCUUCUCUUCUGCCUGGCCAUUCUGGACGGGGAGAUAACCACCCUCUGGUUUCCAGAAGCAGCUCGUCCGUCCCUGACCUUGGCGUCCAACAGACAUCAGAAGUGGAGGAGACGCCCAUUCAAACGCAGCCCGCUGUGCCCAGCUGGGUUAACAUGGACUUUUAUGCCCAAGUAAGCGAUUUCACAUCAGCAGGAGGAGUGGUGCUUUCACCUGGACAACUGAACAGCUCUCCGGAGAAAAAGAAGGAAGAAGAGAAUGAGAAGAAGAUACAAUUCCAAUUGGUUUCUGAUGGAGCCUACACCUCAGAGAACACAGCCUGGCAACUUUCAGCCAGCGUGCCGCCCAGCCCUGGACCUGAGCAGGGAUACCAAACAUUUCCAACCCAAGCUGGUGAGGGGAACCUCUGGAACGGGGAGUACCUGGUGUCUACCAGCGAUUCCCAGACGCCGUACCUUGUUCCCGAAGCUCCUCCAGACCCCAUACUGCCCCCAGUGUCAGACUAUACUGUAGUGCAGGAAGUGGACGCCGCACAGCCUCCUCCUGAAUCCUCCUUCCUCACAGCCCGCAAUAUGCUCUCAAAGCCCCAACAAACACCUCCCAGCAAUGCCAACCAUGCCCAUGGGGUACCUCACCCCAGACCUUCUGGGAAACCUGACCCCAUGAAGGGACUAAAAAGCGCAAAGUUCAUGGUUGUCUUGUACCUUCUCACUGCUGGAAACCAAAGCUGCAUGAAUAGCGCGACACGGGAUGGAAAUUCCGCACAUGAAUUUUCUCUGCUGUACGCUACAAUAUGGAAGAAGCUGAAAGCGUUUCUUUUCUGUCUGCUGUUGCAGUAGUGCUACGCUAGCUCGCCGAGAGAGUUUAAAUGUGUUAUCAAUUUACAAUCAGAAACGUCAGCUGGUUACAUGCAAAAAAAUAUGACUACAGAAAUAUGCUCGCUUGCUGUGUCUGAGAGCCAUUUUGAAAAUGUGUUUAUCUUAUUACAGAGAUACAGAUCUAGAGCUACAGUGGCAUUGGGAUGAAAUAGAUUCAGUAAGAUAAAUUCAAACAUAUCUUUACACAAAAUUGUUUACACACAAGUGGAAGAUGUAUCGGUUUACUGUGAUUUCCUCAACCUGGAUUUGCUCACAUAUGGAAUAUUAAACAUAUUAAGGUUUUCAAAAUAUUUAGUUUUGUGGACGAGCCACAAUUUUUGUUAAGGGAGCCUCCUUCCCCAGAUUUAUAGGAGCCAUUUUGAGCGCUGCAUCUUUCCUGCACAUUUUAUCUUCUGCCAUAGCCAGAUGGAUAAACUCUGCAAAUGAACUUUUUUCAAUAUUCUAAAACACAAAAAAAUGGGGUUGAGGUGCAAAUGUGUAUUUUAGCAUCGCUAUACAUGACUGUAACAUUUCAGAAUAUUGCUAGAAAAUGUUGAGUCAGGUUUUUGUAAUAAGAAUAUUAGCCCACUGAGCAAGGUGUCACCUUGUUCAAAAACUGAAAAAUUUACUUUAUUUGUAUUGAUGUAUCCAGGGGAAUUGCCAAAAGAAAGCGCUUGUAGAGUCUAUGCUGUGCAAUGCAAACUGAAUGGCAAGUUUUCUUAUGUAUUACCUUUGUACAUGUAGCAGUUUUAUAUUGAAGAAGACACUAUAAAUGUAUACAUGCAUUUACAAUGGGAGUUACAUUACAGUAUAGCUAACAAAGAUGUGCCAAUUUUUGGACUUGUUUUAUUAGACUUGCUAUUAAAUAAGGCUAUUAUUCUUGUCAGGACAGUUAAUUCAGUGAUGUCCUCUAGAAACAGCAUACUCUUGUGCACCACAGCCUUUACACAGGGAUAAAAAGCUGUUUUAACUACAGCUAUUUUACAAAAUCGUGCAUUAUAAUAGAAGAAAAAUAACUGGAGAGUCUUUUUUUAUUUACAACCAUAGACUUUUAAGAGUUCUCAAGCCACAUAUUUGAAACCCAGUCAGUGAAUUUCUCACAGAUGUAAUUCUAUGCUGUUGAUAAAUUUGUACAGAAAAAGUAUUGCUUGUUAAGUUGUGUAGAUGAGCUUAUUUUGAGCGCUUUGUGACUUUUACAUGUUCUCUGUUUUUAGAGAAAUACAGUGGAGAUAUAUGAUGGUGAAGAAGGAGCCUAUGGAUUACAAGCUUAAAUGGUCCUAGGUUUGCCUACGAUGCUUGAAUACUGGGUCCUGACUUGUUUUAGGUGUCUGUUGUAGCGGCAGUGCCUUCCAAAAGCAUCUGAUUCAGAAAUAAUUUUUGAUUAUAAGUAUAUUAAAGGCAUACAGACAGUUUGCUGUUAAUGAUUAAUAUUGCAUAUUCAAGCUAAAGGAAUAGUUCUAUAUUUCAGUUCAGUCUAUAUUUAAACUAAUUCUUCAGGAGGAUCUUAGCCUCAUCGUUCACGAAAACAAUAGACCAUGAUUUGAAAGAACCAUAAAAGUCAUUAAUAUGACUUAUAUGACGUUAUCCUGAUUUGAAAGCUUUGUGUGAUGAACAAAUCAAAAUUGAAGCUGUUAUUCAGUGAUAAUGUUCAGCUCCAUUUAGAUCCUAAAAGAUAAAGGUUCCAAAAGGCCUUUGCAGUAAUGCCGUAAAAAAGAGCCAUAUUUGGUUCCCCAAAGAACCUUUCAGUGAACAGUUCCUAAAAGAACCAUUUUGAAGAACUUAUUUGAAAGAUUCCAUGGAUGUUUAAGGUUCUAUAUAGAACCAUUGACGCCAAUAAAGAGUGGGAAAGAGUCAGUGAGUUGAACGUUGAUUCAGUAAUGACUUGUUUAGCUCUAUUUGUAAAUUAAAUCCAAUUCUAAUCCAAACAAUUUGUUCACUUAUCCAGUCUUUGAACCUACUUGUUUAGGGCAGACUUUGUGGUCGGUUUGUUUCUUAGUAUGAGAAAAGUCUAAAAUGCUCAGUUAUUUUUAACCUGCAUGUAGGUUAAAAACGUUUUUGAAAGUCCACAAGUAAUUUCUGGAGUUAAAUCUCAGAUCCACAGUUUUGUUUACUGAGAAAUUAUCGAUUUUAAAUACAAAACACCUUUAAAUUGCUUUUGGAGGGCAGUGUAUGCGUUUUCAUAAUAACAGCUAAGGCUCAUCAAGCGUAUUGUUUGAUUUAAUAAUUUAUUUAGUACAAUUUUAGCGUUCUAUUGUGUCCGCGGUAGAAUAAAGUGCCAAGAUGCUAAGCCUUUGUUAUUGUGCGAACACACAGAUACACCUAAGACAUAUGGGACCAAAAACUGUUGAACAAAGAGCCGGAGGGGAGGACUUGAUGCUGAAGCUCAUAUUAGAGAUAUAUGUAGUGUAGAUAUUGGUGUAGAGAUUAAAAAAAAAAAAAAAAUGGUACAGGAGAAAGUAUUUAGCUUUUUCUUAUAUUGAGCUGGAGAAAAAGAAAACUGUUCAGAAUAUUUACUUUUAUAUUAUGAAAUGCAGAAAUAUAAAGUAUUUAAUAAUAUAUAUAUAUAUACACAUAUAAUAUGUUAUAUUUCUGAUAUAUAAGACAGAUUUUUAAUAGCCUAUACUCUAUGUGCCUCACACACACACACACACAAACACACACAACAGUACAUAAGCUAAAUCGGUAAGCAUAGAUAAAGAGUAACGAUUUCACUUGUGAAGUCCUGCACAUGUUUAUUAUGUGUAUAUAUGAUUAAUAGUAGGUCUGUACAUGAUGUAGUCAAUCUUAACACUGUGCUAAGCAAUGUGCCAUUCUUUUAUAUGUAAAGAUAUUGCCUUAUUGAGAAAUAUCAAGUAUUAUACAACUCUUCUGCUGCUGCCAUUGCUGUGAAACCAGCAUGUUCAUGUUUUAAUGGAAAUGUCUUAAGCUCUCAUGAUAUGUGGUGUACGAUAUGCAUUUUAGCUUCUGCUGUAUGUUGCGUUCCUGCAGCGCUGCUCCUCUCUCUUUCCUUCUCAUGUAGCAUUUUCUUAAGAAUCUCUGUCUUUUGCGAAAUUCUUAAAAUGCACGGGCACUUAAGUGCCUGUCUGUACAUGCAAGGUGACAAAUGCACAUAAUAUAUAGACAUGCUAGUACAUUUAAUCUUCUGUACGGUUAGUCCUGUAUGUGACUCUAGAUAUUUUUUGGAGCAGUUAUGUGCCAAUUUUUCAUCAAAUGAUGUAUUUGCCUUACGGAUGCACACCGCUGAGCAUUACUAGAGACAUUACAAAGAACUUGAUUCAGGUUUUGUUGUUGAAACAUUUGUACGGUUUGCUAUUUUGGAAUUGGUUGAGUUCGUCAUACCUCAAAUGAUCGUAAUUUUCAGCAUUUGCUUGUUCUGUUUUCUUCAAUUUAAUAAAGAUAGCUUCAAACUAUUAGAUUA